CUUUCGGGACGGCGGUGGGAAGAUGGCGGCCCCCAGGAACCGGUCCGCCGCCGUGGAGGCUGAGGCGGGCGUCAGGCGGCAGGGGGACUCAGGAGUGGAGUUGGCGCUCUCCUCCGACACUGCCGCGGCCGCCCCGCUCUGCCCUCACGGACCCACUCUUCUGUUUGUCAAGGUGAACCGAGGGAAGGAAGAAACCCGAAGGUUUUAUGCCUGCUCAGCCUGUAGAGAUAGAAAAGACUGUAAUUUUUUUCAAUGGGAAGAUGAAAAGUUGUCAGGAGCUAGACUUGCUGCGCGAGAAGCUCAUAACCAAAGAUGUCAGCCUCCUCUGUCCCGAACACAGUGUGUGCAAAGGUAUUUGAGGUUUAUUGAGUUGCCCUUGAGUCAGAGAAAGUUCUGUCGGAGCUGUCAGCAGUUGCUCUUACCAGAUGACUGGGGGGAUCAUCAUGAGCAUCAGAUGGUGGGUGAUGUCUCUGUCACCCAGUUAAGAAGGCCCAGUCAACUCCUUUAUCCAUUGGAAAACAAGAAGACAAAUGCCCAGUACCUGUUUGCUGAUCGGACUUGUCAAUUCCUAGUAGACCUCCUUUCUGCCCUGGGAUUCAGAAGAGUACUGUGUGUUGGAACACCAAGGUUGCAUGAGCUGAUCAGGUUGACAGAACCAGGUGAUAAGAAACCUCAUAUUAAAAGCCUUUUAUUGGACAUUGAUUUUCGGUAUUCACAGUUUUAUAUGGAAGAUAGCUUUUGCUAUUAUAACAUGUUUAACCAUCAUUUCUUUGAUGGAAAGGCUGCCCUUGAAGUAUGCAGAGCAUUUUUACAGGAAGAUAAAGGUGAAGGAGUCAUUCUGGUGACAGACCCUCCUUUUGGUGGCUUGGUUGAACCUCUGGCUAAUACAUUCAAGAAGUUAAUUGCUAUGUGGAAAGAAGGUCAAAGCCAAGAUGAGAGUCACAAAGAGCUGCCCAUUUUCUGGAUUUUCCCUUACUUUUUUGAGUCCCGAAUUUGUCAGUUUUUUCCCAGCUUUUGCAUGCUGGAUUACCAGGUAGAUUAUGACAAUCAUGCAUUUUAUAAACAUGGAAAGAAGGGUCGAAAACAGUCUCCUGUGCGUAUUUUUACCAACAUUCCACCCAACAAAAUAAUCCUUCCUACUGAAGAAGGGUACAGGUUUUGCCCUCUGUGUCAACGAUAUGUUUCUCUUGAGAAUCAACACUGUGAGCACUGUGAUUCUUGCACAUCCAAGGAUGGCAGGAAAUGGAACCAUUGCUUUCUCUGCAAAAAGUGUGUAAAGCCUUCCUGGAUCCACUGUAGCAUUUGCAAUCACUGUGCUGUUCCAGAUCAUUCUUGUGAGGGGACGAAAGAUGGCUGCUUUAUUUGUGGUGAAUUAGAUCACAAACGCAGUACUUGUCCUAACAUUGGCACCUCUAAGAAAGCUAACAACACCUUGUUUUUCAGAGCUGUCAGAAAGCAGAAGCAAAGAAAAAGUAAUAAGAUGAAAAUGGAGACCACAGAAGGACGAUCCAUGAAUCACACAUCUGUUACAGGGAGAAAGAAGAGGAGGGAGAGAGCCCAUCAAUAUCUUUGCUCUUAAAUGUCCAGUGACUUGAGAAUAAGAAAGAUUUAUAGUCCAACCUUUGAUGCCAUUUUCUGCAAGUGCCACCCUGGACUUAAAUUCAGUCGCUUUAAACGUAUGCACCUUUCUAAGCUCAAUAACAGGCAGGUGGCAUUUGCUGGCUUCUCCUUCCCCUUCUGCCUCUCUGGAGACCUGGGGAGCUGUUCCAUCCUGAGCUGGGUUUACUGGUGCACUCUGCAUGCCUUUUCUCUUCUAAAUCUCUCCCAAUCUUAUUGUUUUAACCUCCUUUGCCUGAAAAGUGGGCAUACAGCAUUCUUUUGCAGAUGAUUUCAGAAGAAAGUAAAAGUAAAAAACUGUAAAAUUUUGUUUAUAUUGAACAUAAAAGUGUGUUUAGAUAUGAAAAUAUUCUGUUAAAUAGUAAUCAGUGGCUUAACUCCUCUUGCAAAGAAAAGUACAAUUUACAAUUAUUUUUCAGUUGAAUCUGAUGAUGGAAAGAAUUUUUUGGAAAGGCACGG